AUGUCAUCUGAGAUGGGGGUAAGUGUUUUUGGACACUUACAUAUAUUAUUCUCCAAAUAUAAAAAUAUAAUGUAUCAACUAAAAUCACAAAACAAGUUAAAAUAUCGGGAUGAUGAUUGUAAUAAUACUAAUAAUACAUUUGUAAAUGAUGCUGAUUCAUAUGCUAAAGAUUAUAUAUGCCCUUAUGCGAUGGAAUGUAUAUCUUAUAUACAUAAUUAUUCUGAAGACAAAUUAGAAAAAGAACAUUUGAUAUACUUGUAUUAUUUGAUAUAUUUAUAUUUCCAAAAAACUGGGAAGAAUAGGAGCUAUGUAAAAGAACUUUAUCAUGAACUCCUCAAAGUGUAUAAUGGAAGAAACAACUAUAUCCCCUAUAUAUAUGUAUACAAAAUAUAUAUGCUUGAAAAUGAACUAAAAAUACUCACAGGUAUAUGUGAUUUGAAUGUUAUACUUAAUGAUAUAAAAACUUCUACAUUUAAAUAUUGUGAAGACUCAAAUAUAUGCAAUUGCUCCAAUAAAUGUUAUGAGAUAUACCUGAGCCUCCAAAAUGCAUGUGGAUCCUAUAAUGUACACCCUUUUUGCAAUAUUUUAAAAACUCUUAGGGAACAAUAUAAUAGUAUAUCAAAUUUAACUGAAAACUGUCUUAAUAUUAAAUGCAAAACUAUACCUUGUGACAAAAAUGAUAACAUAUAUUUGUCUUUCUCCAGAACUAAUUAUGCAGCUAUUAUAAUAUUAUCAACUAUUGUAAUGUUACUAACGCCCAUUUUAUUAUUUGUUUUGUAUAAUGUUAAUUAUAAAUAUAAUAUGAUGAAGGGUAUAUAUAACAGCUUUCUGAAACGUUCAGAAGUAUCUCGUGGAAUAGUAGUUAUGAUAUAUAUUAUAAUUCUAUCUAAUUUUAUCAUAAAAUAUAUAAUUAGUAUAAAAUAUUUUUCUUAA